AUGUCCUUGUCAGGACUGCGGGUGAACUUGACCGCUGGCUCUCAAACAGGAAAGUUGUCGGGGCCGACGUGCGCGCAUACAUCCCUUCAUCCAUCCAUCCAUCUCAUCACAUCCAAACAUCGAUAA